GAACGCGUGUGUGACAUAUUGACAUACGUGUGCAGCUCGAGUCGGAGUCUCGUCGUUGAAUCGAGUCUGACGGCAUUCAGAGCGGCGCGAAGGGCGCGAAGGGCGGAACGAUGCUCGAUCGACGUUGAAGAGCGGUGCCGGGAGGUACCCGCGGUGGCAGGGAGCGACAUUCGGGGAGAGUCAGCCCCGGGGACGGUGAGCGAGAACGGAGGUUGCAGGUUACCCGCUGCCCGCGUCAUGGCACAGUCGACGGCGAGCGGCACGUCCUCGCGGCGGUACAUGCGGGAGCACGAGGCGCCGUCCUCGUCGCGCUACGUGGACAGCGAGUGGGAGUCCAAAGAGGCCUUACGACAGCGGGAGCUCGAGGAGGCGAGAGCGCGGGCGGCGCAAAUGGAGAAGACGAUGCGUUGGUGGUCCGACUGUACCGCCAACUGGCGCGAGAAGUGGAGCAAGGUGAGGAACGAGAGGAACGCGGCUAGGGACGAGGCGAAGGUUCUGAGGGCCAAGCUGGAGAUCGCCGUCAAAGAUGCCAACACGUUCAAGCACGAGUCGCAGGAAUUGGAGCUGCAGAACGAGCAGCUGAAGAAGGAGAUGGAAAAGAUUCACAUGAUACUCUUGAAACACGCCGGGCAGUUUGACCAGCAGAUCUUUACCAUUCUGGAGUCGGAUCCGCAGCUGCGAACUACCUUCGGGCUGGACGAGCAGCUGGAGUUUUACAACAGCAUCGGGGCCGGCGACGCGUUAGUUGGGCAAAGGGACAUGCUGCCUUGUAAAAAUUCGCACGAGGUGUCGAGCGUUGCUGCGGCAGGCCACGGUAUCCUGCCGGAGAGGGACAUCGAGGAGUACGUCCUGCAAGGCGCCGUGCCGAAGCACGCGGUGGAACUGUACAAGGAAAGUCCCAGCAACUCGCUGGACAAAAGCAUCACGAAACUAGUCGCGGAUAGUAAUGCCAAAAAGGACGGACUGGAGAAACAGUCGCCGCUAGACUGUGUGUACAACGACGAGUCCGCAAUUCAGAAGAUGUCGGCGUUGCAGAUGAAGCUGGAGGAGGCGACCAAGGCUAUUUCCAUGGAAAGAGAGGAGAACAAUUCUCUGCACCGGACUGUGGAAAAAUUGAAAGCCGAGGUGAAGCAAUUGAGGGAGCAGUGUGAGGAAAUAUCCGAGAGUAGAGGCGGCGCGAUGAGAGAAUUGUCAGAACUGAAAGAGCGUUUUCAACUCGAACUCAGCGACGAACAUAUAGCAGAUUUAAUGGACAGUACGAGUGAUGGAGACAGCAUGGACCGUCGAUUGAUGGAACUGAGGACAGAAUUGGAGAAACUUCAAGUCGAAAAUGCAGCAGAGUGGAGUAAAAGGGAGAGACUGGAAACCGAGAAGAGUUCAUUGGAACGUCAGAACAAAUUGCUCCGCUUAAAAUUACACGAGCUGCAGGAGAGAAUAGAGUCGCGGCGACCACGGCCGGCGUCCACGGCCGACGCGGACACGAGACAAUUGCAGCAUGAAAUUCUAGUUCGCAAUAUGGUAUUACUCGAAGUAAAGCAGUACCAGGCAGCACUGAAACAGUCGCUGGCGGAGAAAUCAACGGAGUUGUCGCACGCGACGAGACGGUCCGAGCAAUACGAGGCGGAGGUGAAGCGAGUGAGAGCGAGGGUCGAGGAGUUGAAGAAAGAGCUGGCCACCGCCCAGGACGAGGCUGACGCUACUACGAACAACAUGCGAAAAUUGCAACGGGCCAACGAGGAUCUUGUGGAGCAACUGGAAUCUGCGAAUGUACAACUGGAGCAUUUUAGAAAUAGUAACAAUGAGACGCGCGAAACUCUAGCGGACACUGAAGUAGACGAGGCUGGGAAGCAAAAGGUCCAAGCCAACAAUUCCAGUGAAUACACUGAAGGUACGUUACUAAUAUAGUCGUCGUUCUCGAAUCGAUAGAACAACAAUUGAACGAAAUUACAAUCCACGAUUGGCAACAAGCCUAGUAUUCGCUCGUAUCGAUAGCGGUAUGACUGUAAGUCAAAUAGCGAAGAUGCAAAUCGGAUAAGCGACCUUAUAGUGGGCCUAAAGUACAGGGCAAGUAUUUGACAACAGUUUGUUUACCUUUUCUCUCUUUAAUCUCUGACUUGACGCGACUCCGGGCGAAUUGUAUGUGUCGAAUAACUGUCAUGAGCUAUAUGCGCCUGUUGUAUUUAACGAUGAACAUGUCAAUACUUCUAAAAGCAUAUAUGUAAAUAUAUGUUGCGUUUAUAUUAUUUAAUUAUGUAUCAUAAUCGAUAGCGUACAAUUUUACUUAUCUAUUGACCGAUACGAAUGAUGGGUGUGAAUAUCUACAGCAUUUGUUGUUCAGUAGUUACUCAAUCGUGAGAGAGAGAGAGAGAGAGAGAGGAGAGAGAGAGAGAGAGAGAG